AUGGGGGACAGGAUAGGGGACUGGAGGGGACAGGAUAGGGAACAUUAUAGGGGACAGGAUAGGGGACUGGAGUGGGUAAGGUGGCAGAGCCAGGUUGCUAAAUGACAGUAUGACAUGCCCCAGUGCCAGUCCUUGCCAGUCCUUCAAAAACAAAUAAAAACAUUAACUACGCCACCCAUUUGCAUAGUCUUGGCUCCUGACAGAAGAGGAAAAUCCUGACAAUGAUAAUGACACUAUUAACAACUCAGCCAGUAUCUCAUGAGCCAUCGCAAUCUGUGAGACUGAGCUCAGGCCAAGAAAUGUGUGGCAUAGUUUUCUUCUUUCAUUGUUUGGCUCGGCGUGGCACAGAGGAAAGGCUAAUUAAACAAUCAUUGUACAGCAGACCCGUGGAGUCCCCAUCCUCCUGUCCUGUUGACUUUGUCAUGCCGCUCAUCCUCUCUCUACUACAAAGCCCCUCGUCUGAUGCCAUGCUGGGAGAAGGACCUUUGUCACACACUGUUGGUCCUCCUAUCGCUCUCUCUCUCUCUCUUCUAUCUCUGUGAGAUGAGAGAGUCAACAUCAAAGCAGCAGGCAAAGAGAGCAGAGCACACAGAGACCGAAGCUGACUUUAUUUACCAUUUAGACAGAGUUAAGUCUCACGCUGAGCAUAAUGUGUCUGAUUGUGACUGUGAAUAGCACCUGCAAUGCAGGGAGUCGUAAUUUGGAAUCGUUCCUCCAAGAGAGAGAUGAUCAAAGUUUUAGUACCAGCCAAAUGGAACUGGAACUGGCAGAUGUUUGAUUCUAAUGAGUACCUGUGAAAAACAAUCACUAUUUUUCAAUGUUACUAUUUUUUAUAUGUUACUAUUGUUCAAUCAUCAUGUAGAAGAAGAUACAUCUGUAAAGAAUGCAUCAUCGCAAGUCAUGACUGUUCCUACGGCAACCAUGCAUGAUCUUAUCCUUGGGUUCUCCGUCCAAUGACCACAGUGAGACCACACCUCAGCUCAUCUCACUGAUAUUCCUCCUGUAACAGUGACCACAGGGCAACCAUGCCCAGUCUCCUGCCACAGUCUCUGCUGCUUCACCAUAGAGCACGCUUAGACCACACCCUGUCUGUCCCCCUUCCCUUCAGCAGUGGCAGGGAGAGAGCCAUGCGCAUGCGCCAGCGCUGGCCGACAUCAUAGGCGGAGGAGGUGUAGGGGAGAAAAGGGGGUGGGCGCUCAGUCACACCACUCAGGAUGGAUGUUUCCCAUCAUGCAGCUCAAUCAGCCACCCAAUGAUUAAUUUCACAGACACUUGGGUAAUUAUAGGAGUCUGCUCUUCACCUCUGGGAUGAAACUGUGUGAGGGAGUGAGGGAGGGAGGGAGGGAGGGAGGGAGGGAGGGAGGGAGGGAGGGAGGGAGGGAGGGAGGGAGGGAGGGAAGGAUAGAGUGAGAAGUGAGUGAGUGACUAAAGAAAGGAGAGAUUGAGGGAGAGCAGAGACAGAGACAGAGGAGAGUAAAGAGGGACAAGAUGAUUAGGCUAUUUUGGGAGAUGGUAUCAACUGUCUUAUUAGGGGGAAACAGUAUUAUCGGUUACUAUGAAAUUAAGUGGAGUAAUUGUUUGUGUGACCUUGUUGUAAUACUAACAAAACACGACUAAUGCGAGGAAAUAAACAGAGGAGAGAAAAUAAACGGCAGAGAAAACCUGAAGGACAAGGAUGAAGACAAAGAGCAUGAAAGCAAAAGUGUGGAAAUUAGAAGGAGGAAAGGGUUUCAGGAGGAGACAGAAAAGGGAGGGAGAUCUGUGGAGAGAAAAGGCUGCUGGAGGGGCUAGUCAUGGCAAGAGUACAAGCUCCCCCUGUUGGUGGAGUCGACACUGACAACACAGCCUCUACCUCAGAGAAUGGAAGCUUCCUCUUCAUUACUCCACCAAUGCUGACAGACCUUUAAAAAACACACACACACACUUAUUCAAGCAAACAGACAUUUUAUUGUCUCACGAUAUCGCUAUAAUCUAGCUGAAUAACACAUUACACAAAUAUAAUAGGUUCUCUCAUUGGUUCCCUGCUGACCAAUCGAAGAGAGAAGAAUGAUGGAAUAGGAUUUCAUUACAUUUUUAUAAACUCCACAGUUUUCAGUGUGGUCAAUUAAUACGUGAGAGUGAAUUAAGUAUUGAUUAGGAAGACAAUUUAAAAAUGAAAUACAAAUUGUUUGGUAUAGCUGCUGCGUGACUGCAUGGGAGAAUUAAUCUGAGGCGCAGGAGCCGUUUCAGUCUACCACAGAGAACUCUUUCACACAGGUAGAAAAAAACUACAUCAUUCAAUGUUCUAAAAGGACACUGGAGUGUGUUCUGAGGUGGGAAUCUAUGUAAAUAAUACUCAAAGGGGUAAUUAAAACACUUAAGGUGGAGUUCAAAGAGGUGCAAUGGGUUCGCACUAAAAAAUAUGUCGCAUAAAGCUUACUACAUUAUUCAAUGUUAAAACGUUUUUUACUGCAUCAGGGAUCGUGUACACAGUCGGUUCGGCUUUACAGCCUUCUUCAGUGUGUAGGUGCAAUUUUCUUUAAUUCAAAACAGCAUUAGUACAGAACAACAGAUGAGCAGCAGGUGCUUGUCUGAAUUCGCACCAGCCAAGCUUCUGGGAGAGCGAGACGGUUCUCUUUUGCGGAGUUGAAUUAACCCUCUCUCUUCCACCUCAUUCCAUCCUCCUCUUCCUGCACCUCCUCCCUUCGUUCCCUCUAGCUCUCUCUCUGUUGUGACUCUUUUUUCCUGGUCCUGAGUGCUGUGUGCAGAAAUGCAACGCUUCGUUAGAAAUUCCAAGGCUGUGGUGAGCAGGUGCACGGCCAUUUUGAGAAGCGCAAUUUAUGGGCUGCUCCUGAGCAGGAAAACGCAUUCAAUAAUGUGCUGGGAAGAUUGAUCCAUCCCCCACACAGGGCUGGGCAGGCGACGUGGGGCGUGGGGGGACAGAGGUAAUUUACACAUGCCAAACUCAGCAGUUAGAGCCUUCAGAGAUAUACAAAUCCCUUGUAUUAGUAGUUCUAAUCCAUUUAAUUACAGUUUAAACUUUCCAAUCUGACAAGGGGUUGGCGAUGUAGCCCAUGCAUUGUAAGGCUGGGAGUGGGACGCUGGCUGGCUGGCUGUUUGCUCUGGGACUUUCCACAGAGGGGAUCACAAACAGGGACCGUUGGAGUGAAACAGACACCAUAAUAGUCACAUUCUCACUGUCUACUGCACUGUUUGCUGGGACAUGGUUCGGUGGUGGAGUUGUUUGUACCUUCGUAAGUUAGUGACGCACAAAAGUGCACAAUCAGUGACACAUAACAUACACGGUCAAUGACACAUCAGAGUCCCCAUUACCAGCACACCUGAGUACAUCCAGAUGAUAUCACCCAAACAAAAUGUACUCAACCCCAUAGGUGUUUAUUUGUUUUCAAGACACAUUCCCCUUCAAUGUCAAUGUCUACACUAUGUGCUAGGUGAUAUCUAGAACCUAAAAGGAUUAUUCAGCUGUCCCCAUAGGAGAACCCUUUGAAGGACCCUUUUUUGGUUCCAUGUAAAACCUUUUGGUUCCAGGUAGAACUAGGCUUUGGCGAUAUAACGUUUAUACUGUAUACCGGGAGUAUUUGGAAAUACAGACGGUAUGAUUUUCAAUAGUGUUUAAAUUUGCUUUGUUGUUGUUGGUUUUGUUGUUGUUUUUUGGGGGUUGGGGGCACCCUCGCCUUGCGUGCUGCGUGCUACGCCACUGCUUAUAACCAUAAGUUAAGUAUAACUAUAAGAAAUCUAAGAUGUGUCAAAUAAAUUAUAUCCAGCUCAGGGCUCCAGCUAUGCAUUUGGUUUGCUAACUUGCUAGCUAAGUGGCUAGAUGUCAAGAUCAAUCUUCUUCGUUACAGCAGAUGCAUUCAAUCCCCUCCUGGAUCAAGAUUUCUGUUGUCUAAAUUGUUUUUAGAAAUAGCGCCUCUUGUGUAAUAUCAUAUACCCCGGAAUGGUACAGAAACGGUUUGAUAGUAUGAAAAUCUGGAUACCGCCCAAUCGUAGGUAGAACCCUUUUGGGUUCCAUGUAGGAGCCUUUUCAAAGAAGGUUCUACAUGGAACCCAAAAGAGUUCUAGCUGCAACCAAAAAGGGUUCUACCUGGACCCAAAAGGGUUAUCCUAUCGGGACAGCCAAAGAACCCUUUUGGAACCCUUUUUUCUGAGAGUGUAUUAGAUUACCAACCACAACAACCACAUAGUACACAGUAAAUAACUUCAAAAAGCUUUACCCUAAAAUCCCCUUCGCAUUCUAAACCCAGUCCUCUCCCUGAGCAUGGGCCCAUGGGGCAGACCCAGGCAGACCCAGACACUGAUCCCCUGUGUGUCCCAGCCUCUGUCAGCUCAGCUCAGAGCUACAUGGGCACCCUGGUCUCUGGAUCUACUACAGAGGGCCUGCUAGAUGUGUGAGGCUUCGGCCUGUGUUGACAGAUGAGAUACAAAUGCAGGCUACAAACAGCAGCAAGCCACAAUGGACUAAAACCAAACAAUGUCCUGGAUGACAGUCUUCAACAGAAGAGAGCAGCCAGUCAGCUUCUCCCCAGUCAGACAACAAUGCUGGUGUCUCUGUAAGAGGCACAGUGUAUGUCUCUAUAGCACAGUACUCUGAACUAUUGAGGAGGGAAGCAGGAGGAGACAUUUGACAAAUAGGGCCAUGGUUUUUGACCUGUUUUCAAAUUUUUACUCCCCAAGGCCUGAGGGGCCUCCAUCUUUUGCUUAACCAAAUGUCCUUGUACAGAAGCAUAUUGACAGAUUCUCUAACAAUGUCACGAAAAUUAUGCCCGCGCAUCGCAGGGGUAGAAGGCCGUGUGUUAUGAUUCUGAAUGGUCAUGGCUAACAACAAUGACAAGAAGCUGCCAUGUGGGGAAUUGUAGGUGGCUUGUUUCAGCUGUUUGUAUCUUGUUGUAGAUAACAUGCCUUGUUUUGAUAUCCUACGAUUCUAAGCCAACCCUGUCUGUUUUGCCCCGAAGAUGGGUACACAUUGGUUUUGUUGCUAAACAACACACUUGUCUAUAAAGGUGAGAAGUGAAGGGUAUAGGUUCAAAGGAUCUGGGAGGGACGGGGCAUGGGAUUGGAGGUUGGGUGGAGUAUUGACAGGUAGGUUUUGUUGACACAUUGGUUUUGUUGCUAAACAACACACUUGUCUAUAAAGGUGAGAAGUGAAGGGUAUAGGGGACAGUGUGGUGACUCCUCUUGGUGAGUUGCAUGGUUCAAAGGAUCUGGGAGGGACGGGGCAUGGGAUGGGAGGUUGGGUGGAGUAUUGACAGACAGGCAGGACGAUAAGGGCAUGGGAUGGGAUGUUGGGUGGAGUAUUGACAGGCAGGCAGGCAGGCAGAGCAGCAGGCUGCCGGACUUACAUGAUAUACAGCCCUGCAUAACCAGCUGCCAGGCCCAUAAAUCUAAGGCCCCUCACUGCCACACUGACUGUGAUCUGGUGGAAGUUACUCUGCUCAAAUGUCACCCUGAAGAAGAACACUCUCACUGUGUAAGUGCAUGAGGAGGACAGACAUACUCCCAGCCCCACCCAUACAGAUGACACCCUAACUCAGAGGACACUUGGAGACCCUCCCACUCAACACAGCCACAAUGAUGAUGAGCCAGCAGCACAGACAGACUCCUCUGCUCACACCACUAUCUGCUGGCCGGGACUCAUUUGUCAAAACAUCAAUUUCCCUAAGGGUGGUAUGGUCUCUGUGGAGAAGACAAGGCAGGGGGUUGAGUAACUUUGUUCCUUACUGAGACCACCACAGAGGCAGCUCACCCUCAGAGAAAAGAGAGAAGAGGAGGGGAGGAAGAGGAGAGGAGAGAGGAGAAAGAGGAGAGGAGAGGAGAGGAGAGGAGAGGAGAGGAGAGGAGAGGAGAGGAGAGGAGAGGAGAGGAGAGGAGAGGAGAGGAGAGGAGAGAGAGAGAGAGAGAGAGAGAGAGAGAGGGAGAGGAGAGGAGAGGAGAGGAGAGGAGAGGAGAGGAGAGGAGAGGAGAGGAGAGGGAGAGGAGAGGAGAGGAGAGGAGAGGAGAGGAGAGGAGAGGAGAGGAGAGGAGAGGAGAGGAGAGGAGAGGAGAGGAGAGGAGAGGAGAGGGUGGAGGGGAGAAAGAGGAGAGGAGAGGAGAGGAGAGAGAGGAGAGGAGAGAGAGCAGGCAUGGUUCUCUCUCAGGGGAGGCCAGGGUCACACAGAGACACACAAUGCAGAGGUCAGAGUGCACAGUGGAGCUUUUCUUGUAUAAUUGUAGCAUUUCCCUCAGGGCAGGUCAAAUCACAGCAACAUGUUCCAUCAUAGCUUGCUGUGUUUAUUUAGGAGAGGGAUACGUGAUCUUCCACAGCACAAAAAUCACCUGGGUUUUAGUGCUUGUUCAGCGAAAGUCCAUGUUCUUGAGCAAUAUAAUUCAGAUUACAAUUCAGAAUGACAGAUAUACUUUGGAUGUAUAACACCAAAUACAGCCCUUGAGAAAUGUACCUUUAAAAAAUGAAAAGUUUCAUAUUAUUUUGGAAGAAGAAAAAUCUAAAAUGUGCCUUGAUAUCAAGUCAGGUCCUUGGUUUAGUGCAAACGCAAAAAUAACCAAGACAAUCUGCUAUUUCAACAAUAAACUAUAGGCAAUAUAAUAUUUACAAUGGUCCCAUCUAUAAAAACAGUUGCAUCUACAUAGUAUUUCCCAUUCAUCUGGUCUCUCCAGUUCAUCAGGGAAAACACAUUGCAGAGGACACAACCUCAUAAUAUUCACUUAUGAGUCUCUCUAUGCAGCAUCUCAGCCAGUUUCCUCAUUUAAAUGGAAAUAAAGAUCAUCAUCAAUUCUAUUAAAGAGGCGAUGUUAGAGCUGGGAGUGAGGAGUUAAUGGGCCUCGCCUCGUGUUGGGAGUCAGUGUAGGGCUAUGAGGCUGUGUGUGGAUGUGGUGUUGUGGUCCACUGGGGGCGUCUCUCCCUCUGCGUCGUCCGUAGUGGGGCAUGUAAGAGCCACGCUGUUUAUGGCACUCCAUAAUGUUUCAUGAGCCCAUCUAUGGACAGACGUCAGGGAGAGAAAGAGAGCUGAAGCUAGAGAAGUGAUAGUGGAACACCCCAUAACACCACAACCACAAAAGUAUUUCCAGAGUAGCAUGCAUUCACACGCCGUCUCCUGGCACAAUGACAACACGUUCAUCUAAAUAAAGCCACCAGGCAUCCCAAAUGAACUGUCUAAAUAGUGGUUCUCAUAAAAAUCCCUCUGAAUUCAUUUGUGGCUGUGCGGCGCUGCAUCCCGCUGUGUUGUGCCCUUAUUGCUUUUGACUACAACAGCCCAGCCAUGCACGGCCUCGAUAAAUCUUAGAUGACUCUCUAGUAUCUCUUACACUGGGAGAGGAAGGAGAACACUGGCCUCCUGCGGUCCUACAGGACUGACUGGAGUCACACAAACAACAGGCAAACAAGAGGUGAACAAACAGACAGACCCUGGCCUCUCCUCCUUAGAUUUUUAACAAAGAUGUGUGCAGUCCAUUUCAGAGGAACGUUGAACUGUUUGCAAUCAGUAAGCUAAAUGAUCUGUCAUACCGGUGGUGUUGUGCACAAGCAUUGUGAAUACAGCUAAUGAAUUUCAAUAGCAAUGUAUCAUAACAGGACAUCAUGACCCUAUUAUUUAGUAUCCUAACAGUAAUGUCCAUAGGCUUACACAAGGAAUUUAAAACAGGGCUUUGUUCCUGCUCUUGGCAACCUGAGAUGACGUCCAACACAAAGCAAUAGUGCCAUCUAGUGCAGAGUUUGUGUUACUCCCCCAUGCACACGUGUGUUUUCUCUACCAAGGGUUUCACCACCCUCCUCAUCUACAAAACAAAAUGGAACCAUGCAGUAAUUCUGAUCCCAGUCUCUAUUUUAACAUGGACAUACUGGGGUUUAGAGAAAAGGAGUCUAGGAAGUCUCAAUGAGUUUCAUCAUGCAAUAAAAUCAAUGACAUUUCUUAUUAGUGAUUAUAAACUGGGUGGAUCGAGCCCUGAAAAUUGAUUGGCUGAAAGCCAUGGUAUAUCAGACCGUAUACCACGGGUAUGGCAAAAUAUUUAUUUAAUUAUGUUGAUAACCAGUUUAUAAUAGCCAUAAGGCACCUUGGGGGUUUGUGGUAUAUGGCCAAUAUACCACGGCUAAGGGCUGUAUCCAGAACAGCCCUUAGCCGUGGUAUAUUGGCCAUAUACCACAAACCCCCAAGGUGCCUUAUUGCUUAAAUAAUGAAAUCUGCUGAUCUGGUACAUAGGACAAAGCACAGAUGAAGCAGAAAGUGAUCUGUGGUCACACUCAGUUUAAUCUCCUAUGAUGACUAGUGAUGUAUCCCAUCACUACGGUUAGGUGCCAAAUGCUCUGAUCAUUUAGUAGUGACACAAUUCAGAGGAGAGUUGUUUUAUCAUCAUAAUCCCACAAGGGCAUUUCUCCUGUCAAACUCACGUACCAGUAGGUAGGUAGUUUCAACUUAGAUUGAUCUUCAUUUCCCUAAAGGCUCAUGAUAUAGACGUCUAUAUUGCUUCAGUGUGUAAGAUACAUUUUAAAAUGUUUAGAACUACAUGAGUGAAACCUUUGAAAUACAUUUAGAAGCUCCAGGUGAUCACACACCACAAUAUAUGGUAAGGGAAAAGGAGAUGCGUUGUGAUGCAUUUAGUCCAUUAUCAAUGAUAAUGACUCUAUUUUUCAGAGCCAGUAGUCUGACGCCCUCCAAUGAGUGAAUGUAAAACACUGCACCUAAUAGAAUCAGCUUGGCCGUCAAACUGCACUUUCCGACACUGGGCUUGGAAACAUUUCAGUCUUCAUUGCCAGGCCACUCCGUUACUCAGAUUCAAUAUCCAUUUAUUCUUGGUAAUAAAAAAAUCUAUCUGCAUGGUGGUUGGCAGGCUUCCAUGGCGUCUGAUAAGGUGGUCUUGGCUCUUGGCACAUCCGAAGGAGAUGGACGUGCCCUCACUGCUGGUCCUGGGGCUGUACUACAGUUGAAGGUUAGAGUCAUUCAAACUCAUUUUUCAACCACUCCACAAGUUCUAUAGUUUUGGCAAGUCGGUGAGGAUAUCUACUUUGUGCAUGACACAAGUCAUUUUUCCAACAAUUGUUUACAGACAGAAUAGUUCACUUAUAAUUCACUGUAUCACAAUUCCAGUGGGUCAGAAGUUUACAUACACUAAAUUGACUGUGCCUUUAAGCAGCUUGGAAAAUUCCAGAAAAUGAUGUCAUGGCUUUAGAGGCUUCUGAUAGGCUAAUUGACAUCAUUUGAGUCAAUUGGAGGUGGUACCUGUGGAUGUAUUUCAAGGCCUACCUUCAAACGCAGUGCCUCUUUGCUUGACAUCCUGGGAAAAUCAAAAGAAAUCAGCCAAGACCUCAGAAUACAAAUUGUAGACCUCCACAAGUCUGGUUCAUCCUUUGGAGCAAUUUUCAAAUGCCUGAAGGUACCACUUCAUCUGUACAAACAAUAGUACGCAAGUAUAAACACCAUAAGACUACGCAUCCGUCAUACCGCUCAUACCGCUCUGUCUCCUAGAGAUUAACGUACUUUGGUGCGAAAAGUGCAAAUCAAUCCCAGAACAACAGCAAAGGACCUUGUGAAGAUGCUAGAGGAAACAGGUACAAAAGUAUCUAUAUCCACAGUAAAAUGAGUCCUAUAUCGACAUAACCUGAAAGGCCGCUCGGCAAGGAAGAAGCCAAUGCUCCAAAACCGCCAUAAAAAAGCCAGACUACGGUUUGCAACUGCACAUGGGGACAAAGAUCGUACUUUUUGGAGAAAUGUACUCUUGUCUGAUGAAACAAAAAUAGAACCGUUUGGCCAUAAUGACCAUCGUUAUGUUUGGAGGAAAAAAGGGGGAUGCUUGCAAGCCGAAGAACACCAUCCCAACUGUGAAGCACGGGGGUGGCAGCAUCAAGCCGUGUGGGUGCUUUGCUGCAGGAGGGACUGGUGCACUUCACAAAAUAGAUGGCAUCAUGAGGAAGGAAAAUUAUGUGAAUAUAUUAAAGCAACAUCUCAAGACAUCAGUCAGGAAGUUAAAGCUUGGUCGCAAAUGGGUCUUCCAAAUGGACAAUGACCGCAAGCAUACUUCCAAAGUUAUGGCAAAAUGGCUUAAGGACAACAAAGUCAAGGUAUUGGAGUGGCCAUCACAAACCCCUGACCUCAAUCCUAUAGAAAAUGUGUGGGCCGAACUGGAGGCCUACAAACCUGACUCAGUUACACCAGCUCUGUCAGGAGGAAUGGGCCAAAAUUCACCCAACUUAUUGUGGGAAGCUUGUGGAAGGCUACCCAAAACAUUUGACCCAAGUUAAACAAUUUAAAGGCAAUGCUACCAAAUACAAAUUGAGUGUAUGUAAACUUCUGACCCACUGGGAAUGUGAUGAAAGAAAUAAAAGCUGAAAUAAAUCAUUCUCUCUACUAUUAUUCUGACGUUUCACAUUCUUAAAAUAAAGUGGUGAUCCUAACUAAGACAGGGGAUUUUUACUAGGAUUAAAUGUCAGGAAUUGUGAAUAGCUGAGUUUAAAUGUAGUUGGUUAAGGUGUAUGUAAACUUCCGACUUCAACUGUAUGUGUAAAAGUUGUAUGUGACUUCAGGUUCAAGGGAACCAGAGAUAAACAGUGUCCCUCUCACCAGCACCGACCUAGGAAGUCCGUAAGGAAACCUCAACCCAGUGGGGACUGUGAUGCCAAAGGCCUGAACUCAGUGGGGACUUUGAGGCUAAAUGCCUGAACCCAGUGGGGACUGUGAUGACAAAGGCCUGAACCCAGUGGGGACUGUGAUGACAAAGGCCUGAACCCAGUGGGGACUGUGAUGACAAAGGCCUGAACCCAGUGGGGACUGUGAUGCCAAAGGCCUGAACAAAGUGGGGACUGUGAUGCCAAAGACUCAAUAACGUUUGGAUGUUUCCAGAGAAUUCAUCAUCUUCUAUUGAGUAAAUGACUCAUGGCUCAAACAGAGGUCUGGGAGGGGGGCGGGGGUAAUUUUGCCAUUUGUCAUGAUAACUAGUCCUGACCCACUACCCCUUCUAAAGAGAAAAAUUGGAUUUAGGGUUAGAUGUAUGGAGCCUAUGAAGCCACCCGGGACACAAACACUUUGAAGAAUGUCUCUGUGACAUUCAUUUCUCAAAAGCACUACUCCUUACAAAUUGACCCCUGCCGUCUAUUAGAUGUUGGUUCCUGUAUUUUCACUCGUAUUUGUUCUGAAAUGCCAUUGCUCAGCAGUUCCUCUCUCUAAUAUCAAUCAGUCGUCCAUUUCUUUCACAGAGAGGGAAAGAAAAAACACCUAAUGGCCAAUCCUGAGCAAUUUCCAUGAUGAAUUUUGGAAAUCAUCUGGAGAUGAGUUAGUGCAGGGAAUGACAGAGCGAGGCUCGGUCCGCCAGCCAACAAUAGCUGAACACUGACCAGGGGAAUAAAACACAUCCGCUCACAGAGGACGACUUCCCCUUAUGAAGACUCUCAGAGCCAUUAGGGAAUCACAAUCUCAACCCUUUUUAUGUUGGAAAUAACUGUCUGUGAGGCCUGCAAUUCUCGUUCUUGCGCUCAAAGAUUAAAGCCAUGUCUGAGAAAAUGUCCACAAUAAAUGUCAGCGUGAAUGCAAUGCCUACUAUACACUGAGUGUACACAAUAUUAGGAACACCUUCCUAAUUCAGAUUCAGAGAUUCAGAUCAACUUUAUUAUCCCACCAAAGGGAAAUUCAUUUGGUCUUGUGCUUAAAAAGACAGUACAUAAAACAUGAAAACCCUCAGAACAGCCUCAAUGUGUCGGGGCAUGGACUCUACAUGGUGUCGAAAGCCUUCCACAGGGAUGCUGGCCCAUGUUGACUCCAAUGUAUCCCACAGUUCUGUCAAGUUGGCUGGAUGUCUUUUGGGUGGUGGACAAUUCUUGAUACACACAGGAAACUGCUGAGCGUGAAAAACCCAGCAGCGUUGCAGUUCUUGACACACUCAAACCGGUGCGCCUGGAACCUACUACCAUACCCCGUUCAAAGGCACUUAAAUAUUUUGUCUUGCCCAUUCACCCUCUGAAUUGUCUCAAGGCUUAAAAAUCCUUAUUUAACCUGUCUUCUCCCUUCAUCUACACUGAUUGAAGUGGGAUUUAACAGGUGACAACAAUAAGGGAUCAUAGCUUUCAGCUGGAUUGACUUGGUCAGCUUAUGUCAUGGAAAGAACAGGUGUUCCUAAUGGUUUGUAAAAUCAGUGUAGAUGAUGCUAUUUAUCUGCUCACACUGUUAGUGCAAUAACAACUUGUGCCCUUCUACCAGACAUGUAACAGGUUAUAACUAACUCCAGAGCAGUCUUUCUCCUCUGGCCUGGCAUCACGUCAGUCUCUGUCUCCCUGCCCAGCAGCAGCUAGUUCACCUUGACAGUGUGCCAUACCCCAGGCGUGCAGAUAGGCGGAAGGAAGACACAGAGGCUUAAGGGAAGCAGAUGGGAUUGCAGCCAGGAGCCACAGAGAAGCCCCAGCGACUGUCUGUCUGCACAGGAAUAACAACACUACACCACUCAGAACACAGCACAUCUCGAGCACAUUGAAAGUAGUAUUAACGAGUUGAAAGGAGUAUUAACGAGUUGAAAGGAGUAUUAACGAGUUGAAAGGAGUAUUAACGAGUUGAAAGGGGUAUUAACGAGUUGAAAGGGGUAUUAACGAGUUGAAAAGAGUAUUAACAAGUUGAAAGGAGUAUUAACACGUUGAAAGGAGUAUUAACGAGUUGAAAGGACUAUUAACGAGUUGAAAGGAGUAUUAACGAGUUGAAAAGAGUAUUAACGAGUUGAAAGGAGUAUUAACGAGUUGAAAGGAGUAUUAACGAGUUGAAAGGAGUGUUAACGAGUUGAAAGGCGUGUCGAUGAAAGUGGGAUUGACAGGUUGAAAAAUACAGUUUGCUGACCUCUAGUGGUCUAAUCAGUCAUCAUGACAGACUUUCAGGGCUGCGUUUUGUCCUCUAUGCAUGUUUUAAAGACGUCCUCCGUUCGCAGAGACCACAUUCAUAGUAAACGUAACAUAUUUCGGCUCAAUGGGAAAUUACCUUUAAAUGUCAAUCGCAAUAUAACGCAGAUCUUCCGCGGUCCGGAUUUAAUCUAAGAAAUCUUACAGGAUGCAAAGAUGUAAUGAUCUAAUAUUUUUCGACGAAGUCAUUUGCAGACAAAGUUCUCUGAAACAGGAACAAAUAUUCUGGCCAAGUACUGUUGCUGACAUGGACCUUCCAACCUGUUUCAUUAAUGUGAUGAGUUCUGACUUAGUCAUCAGCAGGGACCACCAGCUCACCCAGGCAGUAAAACCAGCCUGACAGCAGAUGCAGAUGUCAUGGGGAAAUAUAGAAAGAAGCCCUGCCUUGGAAGGUGUCAUGCUUCACACCUGUGUGUGUGUGUCUGCAUGGGGAUGGGGGGAGAGAGCACAUCUGCCAGGCCAGCUGUCUGCAGGGCAGUGAGUUUCCUGAUAGUGUGACAGAGAGAUAAAUCACAGGACACACAGAGCAAGGAGACCCAUAUUUAACACACUUACACACUGUGCAACAUCCUCAUAAUGAACACAUAGGACGAGUGCUGUAGGCAGCAUAGGAAUGGUGUGUAAACAAAACAACAGUUCCCAUACUGCCUGUACAACUCCCAACCUACAUAGUUUUACCGUACAUUAUAGCUGGAUCUUACUGGUUUAUGUCAGCGUAAAGGAUAUGAUUAAACAUUUCCAACACUGAGGGACAUGAACUUUGUCUCUGUUAUUCUUAAAAGGCACAGCUUGAAUUUCUACAUCAAAGACUUGAUUGGUAGCCCAAAUUAGUUUUUAUAAUGGUCUAGCAAAUUAAUCCCACCCCUGCAACUAAAACUUAGUCCAUAGAGGUUGAUCCUCAGCAAUGUGUUCCAUGUACUGUGCUCUCAGCUCCUCAGUGUAGUAGAGCAGAAGCAGAAAGCACCCACCAGCAGAGGUACUGUAGGUUACACAAUGCUGAACUACCACAUUGAAUGUACCUACAAUACAUCUGUACAUUUCUAGCGGUUGCCGGGCAAAAUGGACACAAGCCCUUUGAGUGCAUCGAUGAGCAGUCAGACUGGUCGCCAUAUCCCGACGGUCCCGCUAGGAACAAGGUGAUGAAAUGAAGUGAGCGAGAAAAAAAGCAGCGUUUUUAGAGCUAGUGGAAAAUGUAGUGUCUUUCCCAAGACAAGAGGAAGAGCUUUUAUCGCUUAUCAGAUGAAUGUACGUUUGAGGGGUUGUAAUCUCUAAAAGCUUUGGACCACAGACUGAGAGGGACGAGGAUAGUUACCACUAUGAAGGUUAAAACUCAUCUUCUGAAGGGCUUCUCUGUCCAAGAGGACUAUACUUUCGUAAUGACAUAGGUUGAUGUCCAAUGUGGCCAUUGAAGGGUGUGGUAAGUCCUAAAACCAUUGCCAAAGAGCGGAGAGUUUGAACAGAGCCACAGGAACCGAACCAGAUGAGGUAAGGAAGAUGGAUCUGCAGUCAUGUGGUUAGUCCACCAGGCAGCUCCUCCAGCCACUGCAGAUGGUGGGAUCCAUGAUGCAAUGGUCUCGUGGGCACACCCAGACUUCCUCAAACAUUCAAAGAUAGAUCCUGAGGUUUAUGCCCUCCUGCGUCUUCAGAUAUGGCACACCAUAUUAUUCCUGAUUAUCCAUAUGACAUCCACAAAGGUCAGAGGAUUGAAUGAGGGGGGUUUUGGCUCAUGGAGCAUCAUACAUUACAGGUCAGGACAAUAAAGGCCUUUUACAUUCUGUAGCUUUUGCCCUCCCUCCUGCUGCCUUUUUCAAUACGAUUUACUGCCCUUGUUGAAGACAAACAUCAGUGGCUCUUGUCUAAGAUUUUUAUGGUCUUGUCUCUGUCGCCCAGACUCGAGCCUUCACAGCAAUCAAUCGUAGCCUUCUGACGCAACAAGAGCCCAAAUAAAGACAGAAAUAGCCUAUCUGACAAAGUUUCGCGUUUGAAGGUUAUUGUGGAAUCUCAUCCAGUAGAGGAGAGUGGGGUAAGUUGAGCCAAACGGUUAGUUGGGCCAGCCCUUGUUUCUAGGUAACCAUACACAAAAUUAAUCAUGUGACCAACUAUUUAGGAAGAGGUCAUCAUUUCAUGGACUCUGUGAAGGAAGAAACCACAUGGAAAAAUUGGUAAGCAAGUUAGGUUAAAAAAAAAAAGAUUUUCACAAAGUCAAAUGAAUGUAUGGUGUUAGAGGUUUCAUAACGCUUAUAUGUAAACCAAAGCAGUUGUUUUAAGAUUGUUUUAUACAUCAGAUGGGAUCUCUAUAAGCUACUAUAUAAGGUCAUAAACCUAGCAUGAAAGUGCAUCCUUGUAGCUGUGUGGGCUAAUAGUCAAAAUGUUUGCCUUAGGGUAUCCCAUACAAAUUAUGAUUACAUUUAGUCAGUUUAUUGCAUAAUAUGCAUAGUAUUUUUGCAAUGUGUCAUGCAUAUGAACUUAAGAUUGUUUAUUGUUACAGAGCAGACAUCAUCAUGCCCCGUUUAUACAAACUUAAAACAAGCAGGGGUCAAGCCUCCCUUGAUGUUCUUGAGAGAGCAGCCAAAGAAGUGAUACAAGGGAAGAAAUCCAUUCGAGCAGCAGCAAGGGAUGAAAAAAUAGACUGAAUGACUCUGAAGAGGUAAAUUGACAAAAAAAGACAAUGAACAUGUACCUGUGCUAAAGAGAGGCUAUGACAGAGUAGCAGAGGAACACAAGGUCUUGUCUGAUGACAUGGAGUCUGAGCUUGCUAAACGUAUCAAGAAUCUCACGGACUAGUUUCAUGGGCUUAGUAGCCUCAAAGGCAGAGAACUUGCCUCCGAAUUGGCACAUCGAAACAACAUCCCUGUCCCAGACAACUGCUCAAUAAAUGGAAGGUUAAGUGAUAUUUAACAGAGAGAUCUAUAUCUGAAUGUAGGCAUACAUUUAAGAUAUACAAUAUCCCACACCCCCAUACCAUGAAUUAAACUUUGACCUACCAGCACCAUCACCCACUGUCAGAGGACACCAUCACCCACUGUCAGAGGACACCAUCACCCACUGUCAGAGGACACCAACACCCACUUACCCCAAGGCGGCUCAACUUACCCUGUCCCUAUACUCAGCCUAACCCAUACCCGGGGUAAGUUGUGCCAAGAGACCACUUUUUUGGACAAGCUAUGUUUUCAAAAUAGUUUACAUACGUUUUGAUUAUUUCCAUUGAUACACAACAUCUUGAAAUAUAUGUAGAUAUCUGUGUUAGAAAGAAUAUUUUAUUUCCCUUGAUCUAGUGAUGCUGAAUGUAGAAAAUGUCUCAACUUACCCCACUCUCCCCUAAAACUAGCCCUAUACUGAAAUGUUCCUUUAAUAUAAUAUAAUAUAAUAUAUAAUAUAUAAUAAUAUAAUAUGCCAUUUAGCAGACGCUUUUAUCCAAAGCGACUUACAGUCAUGCGUGCAUACAUUUUUUGUGUAUGGGUGGUACACAAGCCUUCAAAAUCAGAAAUUACUUAACAGAAAUAAGCUUAGACUGCAUUAGGCUUUGUGACAGAAUACCUGCAUUUCCUUUUAAUAUCCUUUUCAAUGCGUCUUAGGUUUGAAUUAGUCUGAAGGUCUGUGUUUCUCACCCUAGAUCCCUCCCUGGUCCUCGCCUGUCCUCCUCUACGGCUGGUAUAUUUUACUCUGGCAUGUGCCACAGUUGAGUCCCAUUAAUCAGGCCUCAUUGUAUGAGGGCUGAAUGUUAACAUUCUCACUUCUCUCCACUCCUCUCCACUCCUCUCCACUCCACUCCUCUCCACUCCUCCACAUUAACCUUGUAGCUGCUUCAAUUCCAUCUGCACCCCCCCAACCCUCAAAAACUUGGCAAUUGUUUGGAGUGAGAGUGAGCGUGGUGAGUGUGUGUGUGUGUGUGUGUGUGUGUGUGUUGUGCCCUCACCAGUUAGUGUGGCAGUUCCCGCCAUGCUAUAAAUAAGAUUGGCCGCAGGGAGAGCUGGGAGCCAGUGGAGGGUUCUGACAGCAGAGGGCACAGUGGCCUUGUCUCCCUGGGAGAUGCACAUUCAAUCUGGACCCAAAACCAGCACAGCCCACAUUGGGUCCAGGUAAUAAGCCAAGCACCCAAUUACUGUAUGCAAAAUGUCACUAUUACCCCUGGAAGGGGACUAUGUGACGAAUGAACAAAGGUUCAAGACUGAAAAGCACAAACUGGUUUCCCAGAUUAAACUAGAUGUGCAUAGGAAAGCAAUACCACUGAAAUUGGCAGCAUGGACCCCUGGGAAUACACAAUGUCCAACUGGAUGGAACAAAAUGCACAUUGGAUACAUGGCUGGAAAUUACCCUAGUCAAGUAAUGUUGCUCCAAAAGGUGUUGUCCCAUUGAACAUCCAAACCCCACAGAAGUAAUAAUGACAGUAAUCAAAGUCUUACCUGGACCCUGGGCAUCCAGCAUCUGGCCACAGAGGAGGAGGAGGAGAAGUGGGAGGACGGGAAGACACAUGCCUGCUGGAGGACCUAUACGUCCCACACUGCCCUGCCUGGGGGCCAUCGCACCAUUGGAUUCUGGGAACACAAAGGACCAACUGAGUUAAACCAUAGAAGAAGAACACGUCAUUUUAUCAUAAUUAGUCAUCACAACAUAAUAGUCUUUCUUUAGCUGUUUAAAAUAAAUAUCAUCCUUUUGUGGGAGGCAUGCAGGACUAAGACAAACCAUAAGGUCACCUGGGUGCAAGAAGCAAUCAAACCCUCAAUAGACGUUAUGAUGACAAAAGAGUUGACAGAGCCAAUUGGCCGUGAAAUAUAACAAUAUUAUUUAUUGUAAUAUAGAAUAAAUAUCUCUGAUUUUUUUUAGUAACAUCCCGAUAGAGGUCUGUUAAUACUGCUAAGUAGUUCCUAAGCAGACACUCUGUCAUAUGAGAGGAUACCCAGCCAAGCCUGUUUUAAUUCACUGAGUGUAACACUGCUAAACAUACAGUAAGCCAUUGGCCCGAAUGAACCACUCAUUAAACACAAAGCUUUUAUGAACCAACAAUUAAUCAAAUCUUAAGGAUACAUUUGUAACCAUGCACUUCUGGGGUGAAAUUUAUGGAGUUACCAUUAUACUUAAUGAAGUAUUAUUUCUUCAUGAGCCAAGUGAAUAAAAUAUGCCAGCAGAUAGACUGUGGAACAAGUAAAAACCGUGGCAGAAUGGUCUGGCCAGAAUAAUUACAGUAUACAAGAGAUAAAAAUUCAGAUGACAGAUGAGGCUGAGCUCAUUAAGCAGCUGAACUUUCCCAGGCCUGUGUAACACCUACGCUGUAUCAGGUCUGGCUUCAGUCCCCAGUUAAUGAGAAAUGAGCUAGACAUCUACCAUCUGAAGAGAAACUGUCAGAGGACCGCCCCCAAAGACACAAAAUCCAUUCUAAUUUCUAACCAUGGCGAUGUUGGAAGUUAAAGCAGAGAAAUGUCACAACCUGACAUUUAUAAAAAAAGGACGGUGCUAUUUUUCUCCCAGAAGUUGCUGAGCUCUGUCAAAGUGACUAUGUGGAAAUAGAAGAUGUGGAUCUGUGACCGUGACAUCAUAAUGUACAGGUAUGUUCUAGAAGUCUCCAUAUACCUAUUUGAAGACCACAGGCUUCCAGGUGAUAUAGAUAUUAUUCUCAUCUCCAUUGUAUCCAAAUGGAUGAUUUGUGCACUGCACUGCAGAGUGAAAGAGUUUGCACUGGUAGUCAGAGCUGGGGCUGGUCUCCAUCUGGGUGGAGAAUGAAGGUACCACCAAUUAGUCUAAGCAAAGAGUGAAGUAGGACGCAUUCCCAAAGUGUCCAGCCCGGCCUAUAACCAACGUUAACCUACACCACUUGACACAGUCCGCAAAGUGCUAUCAGUCACCUGAUAUUUCACAACAAGCUUCCAAAGGAUGGAGGAAAAUCAAUACGCGCAUACUUACAUCUCAGACAUUUAUUAUCCCAUCUAGACACCUCUGAGAGAGAUGAAUUAUUGGUGAGGUGUAAUCAUUUACAUACACACCUCCAUGAUGCCAAACACCACAAAGCUGUUCCAAGGACGGGAGGUAGGAGAUGGUCGAGUCUGCCUAAGCAGAACAUAUACACUUCACCUCAAAUUGAAGUCGUCAAAAGUGACCAUUUGCAAACUAGUAAUUUCAGUGACAGUGUAAUUGCUGUGUGUUAUUUAAUUACUAUAAUUUGUCUCUCAUGAUUGGACAACAUUUUGUCAAUUUUACUUCUGAAAGUGGAAAGACAUUGGGAGUUUCCUCCAAGGUCUUCAGCAUGGUGCCAACUCCAGUACUAUGCAAGAGGAGGCAAGUGAUAUAUUAUCAUAUGACAUAGUGGACCACUAGGAUAAUAACAGUUUACUAACUCACUUAGAACUACUCAAUAUCUGGUAAUGGAAUUCUGAAAAGUAGCCAAGUUGCAGAAUCAUGAUCCUCCUAAUGGAAUUGAACAAACAAUCACUGAGAUCCCUAUUUAGCAUUCCCACUUCAUUGUACAGUGCUAUUUACCGCUAUAUAAACCUAAUGUUAUUAAAUCUUCCAUGAGAAGUCAGAGUCAUGUUUAAUUCAGAGAGGGGAGUGGGUGGUCAGAGGCCCUGAGCUGGACACAGUCCCAGGGGGGAACAGAUUGGAGAGCAGCGUAGCACCAGCCAGGUGGCUCCAUUAGUCAGUGGUCGUGUCCGAAAUCUGUCUUUCCUACUACUUACUAAAACUACAUACUGUGUCCUAAUAGUACUACAGUAUAUACCAUUUAGAACGUCCUGUUUAGUAAAAAUGUAUGCAGUAAACAACAAACAUUAACAUACUGCUCACCCGUACUGAGAAUGCGUAAUCUGAGGCCAAACUGUGUUGUUACCCGCCAUUCGUUCAUUUUGAUACUUGCCGUCAUUAUCAGCUGAUUAUCAGCUGUUGUCAGACACACAUGGGUCUGAAAAGACAAUUAUCUUCCUCAAUAGAAUGCAGCAAAUUCUACUAGAUGAAAAACGAAAGUGAGCAUAACAUCCUGGUAUUUACAGCAUUCUCAAUUUCCUAAAGGUCACAUACUAAAAAACAUUAUAUUUUCCCAAAAAGCCUAUUAUUUAGAGCGCAAGUAUGGGUAUUCAGACACGGCAGUGAGUUAGUCCUCUGCCUGCCUGUCUCCUGGAAGAGCAAGAUACCACAACAUGGUAAUGCAGCAACCUGUUAGAGAUGACUCUCCCCCACCCCACUCAAUCUGGCUGCUUGGUUGGUAUCACCUGGACCAGCAGUGCUGAAAAAACACACCAAGGGAUUCACCAUUAUCUGUUCUACUAGAAAUUGAGUUCUGUUAAAGGGGAACUGUCCAAGGUCCUGAAUUCACAGUACCAAUGAGAGGGUCCUACUCUGGCCAUGGGUAAGACCUACCACUAAUCUGGCCGUGGGUAAGACCUACCACUAAUCUGGCCGUGGGUAAGACCUACCACUAAUCUGGCCGUGGGUAAGACCUACCACUAAUCUGGCCGUGGGUAAGACCUACCACUAAUCUGGCCGUGGGUAAGACCUACCACUAAUCUGGCCGUGGGUAAGACCUACCACUAAUCUGGCCGUGGGUAAGACCUACCACUAAUCUGGCCGUGGGUAAAACCUUCCACUAAUCUGGCCGUGGGUAAGACCUUCCACUAAUCUGGCCGUGGGUAAGACCUACCACUAAUCUGGCCAUGGGUAUGACCUACCACUAAUCUGGCCGUGGGUAAAACCUACCACUAAUCUGGCCAUGGGUAAAACCUACCACUAAUCUGGCCGUGGGUAAAACCUACCACUAAUCUGGCCAUGGGUAAGACCUACCACUAAUCUGGCCAUGGGUAUGACCUACCACUAAUCUGGCCAUGGGUAAGACCUACCACUAAUCUGGCCGUGGGUAAGGCACAGACAGCCGUGCUGUCGGACGCGCUGUCAAAAUGCAAUUAUGCAGGAGCCCUCCUGUACCACUGAGGAAAAAAAUAAGUCUGUGAAAAGCAUACUGCUGUCACCCUGUGAAAAAAAUAUUCAGCAAGCUGUCUCACACAUCCGACAUUGCUAUCUUGUGCUGAAGCACAGAUUGCCAUUAUCAAACUAUACAGCAGUGGGCCUGAAAGAAAAAAGCUUUUAGAGGGUAAUAUUGUCACAAACCAAUUAUGGCUUUCUCAGUGGUGGUGAGGUGAUUGAAAAGUGUUCCAUGCUGUGACUAGAAACAUUCUACCUCCCAUUCCAUCAGAGGUCUCUUAAUAUUGGCAUGCCAUUAAACACAGUGGGAGUCAUUGCUUUGCCACCAAAUUCAAGUUAUCUUUACAAUAAACAUACAUUUGCAUUGAUUACGCAAUUGAUAAGGUAAAGACAAAUCACUGCUUUUCUGUAGAGAUGAACUUUAUGUUGUUGAGGAUACAGCUCUAUUGGUAUCAGGUUGGACAAUAUAAGAGGGUCAAAAUAAACUUGACUGAAAGAAAGCGGAGAUUAUGUUUAAAAUGUACAAUCACAAACAUAUUGCAGUAACAAUGACAGACAGUCCUGACCCAAAACACUGCCGACUGAUGUUGAUGCCAUAAUCAGGUAUUAAUCAACCUACAUUCAUAUAUCUAGCAUAAUAUCACAAACAAAGUACUUAUCUCCAACUGAACAGUUCUUCAAUAAAUCAAUAUCUAAUUUGAGAGAAAAGCAGUGGCAUUUGAGGACUGAAAGAUAUCCCCUUUCUCUCCAAUGCUUCCAACCUUCCUACUAAUACACACCUGUCCAGAGGGGGUAACCAUGAGCUUCUACUGUGGUAAACAGGUGCUGUCCACAGGGAACUAAAUAUACAGUAUGUCCUUACAAACACACACACACACGUUUGUCUUACCUUGAUCUGUGGGCUCUGUGGCACCACAGGACUGUGUCACUGCUGUAUAUCCCACAAGCCUGAAAGAGAUUCAGGACUCUCGUUCUGCCUGACAGAGCUUGGUGAUCCUUCUCUCUGUCUCUCCUGCACACACACAACUGGUAGAACGCUCUCCCCCUGCCCAAGUACAGCCCAUCUGCAAAGAGAGAGAGAGAGGGAGGGAGAGAGAGAGAGAGAGAGAGAGAGAGAGAGAGAGAGGAGGAGAGAGAGAGAGAUGAGAGAGAGAGGAGAGGAGAGAGAGAGAGAGAGGAAGAGAGAGAGAGGGAAGAAGAGGAGAGAGAGAGAGGAGAGAGAGAGAGAGAGGAGAGAGAGGAGAGAGAGGAGAGAGGAGAGGAGAGAUUGCCUUGAUAAUGCAGAUUGCAUAGGAGGGUGCAAAUCCUGGUAAUCCAAUCAAGUGGAAGGAAAAAAGCCUCUGUCAUCUCACCAGAGUUAAUUCAACUGAUUUGAUUCUGCACUCCCUCCAUGAAACUGCUUGGCUUCUUUGCCGUUAAUUUAUUCACAUUUUGUCUCCCCAGCUCCUGAUCACAAAUUAACCUGCCCUGCUGUGAAGUUAAUGGGAGUCAAAUAUUAUCAGGUACAGUACUGAAUAAAUAUAGCAUGUGGUCCUGAUGCAGCUACUGUUUAGCACAUAUUGAACUAACUACAGUAUGUCUGGUGUGCCUGACGUGUGUCUUGACCACCAAUGCUACUUCUGUAUGUUGGUCUGGUGGUCAUUUGUGGCAAUCAUGAUACACACAGACUGUGACGUUCCCAGGACAAAGGUUCACUGAAUGCCAAAUAGCACUGAAUACUGUACUUACUGUGGUAGUAUUCCUGUACUAUUGCUGAACCUGUUGCCGUUAUCUGUGCAGUAAAUCUAUAUCCAUGACACUGCAAAUGUAUCCUGCUGGAGCUGUAAAUUAUAAGCACAGGACACAAGCAGUGUGAUUGCUAUGUUUUUUUUAUAUUAUUGUAUAUUAUCAGCAGAUUUAUACAGUGAAUUAAAUGUAUGCCUGUCAAAGGCUGAUGUAGCGUCUCUCAUUUGAAUUGCAAAGAUAGUGCAGCUCAGCCAGGCCGGCGCAUCAGCUUCCUCCGGGCCACUCUGGAAAGUCCACUGGAGUCCAUCAGCGUAAUUGAUAUGCCACGCUGCGGAAGACACACGGUGUACUUCUCAAAAUUAGGCUGAAAAAAUGUGUCAGAAGGUCACGGUCAAUUGAUUAAUAUGACAGCUGAAGGGAAGAAAGCUUUGCCGCCUGUUUUAACAGCCAGGCUGCCCACUUUUCAUUGUGUCCUAAACGGUGGGUCACUGGGCCCAGCCUCCCAUGGAAACUUUUCUCCAAAUCUACAGGGGUUUCAUUUGAGUAUGCACUUUAAAUCCAAACUAAUAAAUGUGGAAAUUGCUUUUGUGACAGAGCAGUAAAAUACAGGGAGCUGUUUCAACAAAUAUCAAUAAGGCCUGCAACAUUCCUCCAAUGGAAUCACAUUAGCAGAUCUCACUGAAAAAAUACUGGCUCAUUUUGGGCACUGGGCUGUAUCUCUCUCAGCACAAACCUGUCCUGCUUAUUGGAUUUUGUUAUGGACAGUAAAUUAAAAGCACAAUAAUCGGCUAUAUAAAUUGUUCUCAGUCAAAAGGCAGGCAGUCACCCGACUUGAUUUGUGGGUCUAAAGCUGGAGAUGGGGCUGAAGAUAUUUAUAACUCAACGCAAAGAUGGAGAUUAGGAUAUAAGGACUGACAAUUCAUGAGAUCAAAUUAACGUAUUGUAGCGAACGGCAGGGAACCCGGGUCGCUGGCAUGAAAGGCAAACACCCUAUGCAUCAAGCCAAUAGGGUUAACCCACUUGGUGGGAAUUGUAAAGUGGCUCAUACAGUGCCUUGGUAUUCAUCCCCCUUGGCAGGUUUCUUAUUUUGUUGCAUUACAACCUGUAAUUGAAAUUGAUUUUUAUUUGGAUUUCAUGUAAUUGACAUACACAAAAUAGUCCAAAUUGGUGAAGUGAAAUGAAAAAAUAUAUAAAUAACGGAAAAGUGGUGCGUGCAUAUGUAUUCACCCCUUUGCUAUGAAGCCCCUAAAUAAGAUCUGGUGCAACCAAUUACCUUCAGAAGUCACAUAAUUAGUUAAAUAAAGUCCACCUGUGUGCAAUCUAAGUGUCACAUGAUCUGUCACAUGAUCUCAGUAUAUAUACACCUGUUCUGAAAGGCCCCAGAGUCUGCAACACCACUAAGCAAGGGGCACCACCAAGCAAGCGGCACCAUGAAGACCAAGGAGCUCUCCAAACAGGUCAGGGACAAAGUUGUGGAGAAGUACAGAUCAGGGUUGGGUUCUAAAAAAAUUUACAGGUCAGAAUUGAAGGAAUGAUGGAUGGCACUAAAUACAGGGAAAUUCUUGAGGGAAACCUGUUUCAGUCUUCCAGAGAUUUGAGACUGGGACGGAGGUUCACCUUCCAGCAGGACAAUGACCCUAAGCAUACUGCUGAAGCAACACUCAAGUGGUUUAAGGAGAAACAUUUAAAUGUCUUGGAAUGGUCUAGUCAAAGCCCAGACCUCAAUCAAAUUGUGAAUCUGUGGUAUGACUUAAAGAUUGCUGUACACCAGCGGAACCCAUCCAACUUGAAGGAGCUGGAGCAGUUUUGCCUUGAAGAAUGGGCAAAAAUCCCAGUGGCUAGAUGUGCCAAGCUUAUAGAGACCAGUGGGUCAGAAGUUUACAUACACUCAAUUUGUAUUUGGUAGCAUUGCCUUUAAAUUGUUUAACUUGGGUCAAACGUUUCGGUUAGCCUUCCACAAGCUUCCCACAAUAAGUUGGGUGAAGUUUGGCCCAUUCCUCCUGACAGAACUGGUGUAACUGAGUCAGGUUAAAAUGCCCACACAUUUUCUAUAGGAUUGAGGUCAGGGCUUUGUGAUGACCACUCCAAAUACCUUGACUUUGUUGUCCUUAAGCCAUUUUACCACAACUUUGGAAGUAUGCUUGGGGUCAAUGUCCAUUUGGUAGACCCAUUUGCAACCAAGCUUUAACUUCCUGACUGAUGUCUUGAGAUGUUGCUUCAAUAUAUCCACAUAAUUGUCCUUCCUCAUGAUGCCAUCUAUUUUGUGCUGUACUCUACAGUACUGCGCUCUACUAUAAUGUAUUGUACUGUACCCUACUCUACUGUACUCUACUGUACUCUACUGUACUCUAGUCGAGUUUAUUCUACUUCAGUUUCUUUCAAUUGAAGAAAGGGACCAUGGACUCUUGAUCUCGUGGUCCUGGUCCUGUUCUGUGGACCACUCAAGACCACAAAUUCGGUCCCUCCUGCAGCAAAGCACCCCCACAGCAUGAUGCUGCCACCCCCGUGCUUCACGGUUGGGAUGGUGUUCUUCGGCUUGCAAGCCUUCCCCUUUUUCCUCCAAACAUAACGAUGGUCAUUAUGGCCAAACAGUUCUAUUUUUGUUUCAUCAGACCAGAGGACAUUUCUCCAAAAAGUACGAUCUUUGUCCCCAUGUGCAGUUGCAAACCGUAGUCUGGCUUUUUAUGGCGGUUUUGGAGCAGUGGCUUCUUCCUUGCAGAGCGGCCUUUCAGGUUAUGUCGAUAUAGGACUCAUUUUACUGUGGAUAUAGAUACUUUGGUACCUGUUUCCUCCAGCAUCUUCACAAGGUCCUUUGUUGUUGUUCUGGGAUUGAUUUGCACUUUUCACACCAAAGUACGUUAAUCUCUAGGAGACAGAACGCGUCUCCUUCCUGAGCGGGAUGACGGCUGCGUGGUCCCAUGGUGUUUAUACUUGCGUACUAUUGUUUGUAUAGAUGAACGUGGUACCUUCAGGCAUUUGGAAAUUGCCCCCAAGGAUGAAACAGACUUGUGGAGGUCUACAAUCUUUUUUUCUGAGGUCUUGGUUAAUUUCUUUUGAUUUUCCCACGAUGUCAAGCAAAGAGGCACUGAGUUUGAAGGUAGGCCUUAAAAUACAUCCACAGGUACACCUCCAAUUGACGCAAAUGAUGUCAAUUAGCCUAUCAGAACCUUCUAAAGCCAUGACAUCAAUUUCUGGAAUUUUCCAAGCUGUUUAAAGGCACAGUCAACUUAGUGUAUGUAAACUUUUGACCCACUGGAAUUGUGAUACAGUGCAUUAUAAGUGAAAUUAUCUGUCUGUAAACAAUUGUUGAAAAAAUUACUUGUGUCAUGCACAAAGUAGAUGUCCUAACCGACUUGCCAAAACUAUAGUUUGUUAACAAGAAAUUUGUGGAGUGGUUGAAAAACUAGUUUGAAUGACUCCAACCUAAGUGUAUGUAAACUUCCAACUUCAACUGUAUAUUUUUUUUAUCAAUUUACCAAUAGGUGCCCUCUUUGAGAGGCAUUGAAAAACCUCCCUGGUCUUUGUGGUUGAAUCUGUGUUUGAAGUUCACUGCUCGACUGAGGGACUUUACAGAUGAUUGUAUGUGUGGGGUAGAGAGAUGAGGUAGUCAUUCAAAAAUCAUUUUAAACACUAUUAUUGCAAACAGAGUGAGUCGAUGCAACUUAUUAUGUGACUUGUUAAUAAAUGUUUGCUCCUGAACUUAUUUAGGCUUGCUAUAAAAAAAGGGGUUGAAUACUUAUUGACUCAAGACAUUUCAGCUUUUCAGUUUUAAGAUUUCUAAAAACAUAAUUCCAGUUUGACAUUAUGGGGUAUUGUGUGUAGGCCAGUGACACCAAAUCUCAAUUUAAUCAAUUUUAAAACAAAAUUUGGAAAAAGUCAUGGGAUGUGAAUAUUUUCUGAAGGCACUGUAUAAAGUGGGUAAAAAAAAGUAGAAAGUAUGUCAACCUUAUUACAUUAUUUGAUGACUAUGUACUGUACAUAGGGCAGCUGUCUCUAAGGUGCAGGGCAGAGUAUCGGUUGGUAGCUGACUAAUGACAGUGUCUAAGGUUCAGGACAGGGUAACAGGCGGAGGCCGGCUAGGGAUGACUGUUUAACAGUCUGAUAACCUGGAGAUGGAAGCUGUUUAUCAGUCUCUCUGUUCCAGGUUGGCUCCAUAGAGUGAUCAGUGCCAAUAGAGUGGCAUUUCUGGCCAUCAGUGACAAUCUCUCAAUUCACCUGAAAACCAGCAGUAUUGUAGACAUUCAGGCUUGGAUUUGAGCGUCCCUGCGACGUCCCUCUGCAUUUUCAGCUGACAGACACUAGAGGUCUCAAAUGAGAUACCAUUUUGACUGGCAACCAAGUAAUGACUAGGCACAGGCAGGAAAGCCUGAUAAACAAUAUGUGCUCAUCGUCACCUUUACACUCAUACCUCCUAAUAUCUUACAGAACAUAACCUUUAAAGGGUGAUUUCAAAAAAUAUUUCUACUUCAUAUUCAUCAUCUCCAUCACCACCACAACAUCAAAAUAUGUGAAAAUGGCAAAACAUAACCUUUACUGGGAAAUAUUGCAAUUUCUGCACAAAGUAAAUGUCCUAACUGACUUGCCAAAACUAUAGUUUGUUAACAAGACAUUUGUGGAGUGGUUGAAAAACGGGUUUUAAUGACUCCAACCUAAGUGUAUGUAAACUUCCGACUUCAACUGUACAUCACAGACGACUGAAAUAUAACAAAACGGUUUGACAUAGAAACACCAGACGCAUUUUUUAAAUAAUGCUGGGUUUUUAAAAAUGUUGUUGAUAAAUUAUGAAAUUAUGAAAGAUAUUAAUAACAUUCCACCCAUGACGUCACUAGGUAAUUUGACCGCAGGAAAAGGCUACCUUGUCAUGUUCUCAACUCACUGGGUCUGAAUCUUGGGACCAAUGUCCUGGUAUAAAUCUUGGUCUUGGCUCCUGGAUAUUAACUUGGUCUUUUUUUUUUUUUUUUUUUUUUUUUUUUUUGGUAUUUCAGCCUUCAAUGGCGAUGUCUAUACCAAAACGAGUUAUUUCCAUCUGGAGUCCUUUAUUUAUCUCUAUGAUUGACACAACACCGAAAACGCCUGUUAUUUUGCCAAAAUAAAGGUAGGUAAAGUGAUCAUUUAAACAUCUAACAUCAGUGGUGGGAAAAGUACCCAACAGUCAUACUUGAGUAAAAGUAAAGAUACCUUAAUAGAAAAUGACUCAAGUAAAAGUGAAAGUCACCCAGUAAAAUACUACUUGAGUAAAAGUCUAAAAGUAUUUGGUUUUAAAUAUACUUAAGUAUCAAAAAUAAAAGUAAAAGUAUGAAUCAUUUCAAAUUCCUUAUGUUAAGCAAACCAGACGGCACGAUUUUCUUGUUUUUUUACGGAUAGCCAAGGGAACACUCCAACACUCAGACAUAAUUUACAAGCGAAGCAUGUGUUUAGUGAGUCCGCCAGAUCAGAGGCACUAGGGAUGACCAGGGAUGUUCUCUUGAUACGUGCAUGAAUUGGCCAAUUUUCCUGUACUGCUAAGCGUUCAAAAUGUAACAAGUACUUUUGGGUGUCUGGGAAAAUGUAUGGAGUAAAAAGUACAUUAUUUUCUUUAGGAAUGUAGUGGAGUAAAAGUACAAGUUGUCAAAAAUAGAAAUAGUAAAGUAAAGUACAGAUACCCCAAAAAACUACUUAAGUAGUAUUUAAAGUAUUUUUACUUAAGUACUUUAGACCACUGAAAUUAAUUAGAUGCAUAAGUAAUUCAAUCAAUCAACAAGUUGCAGAUUCACACCACCAACAUUCAACAUUUUACAGAGAACAGUGGAGAUAAAUGCAAACAUAAUUUCAAAAAUGUAUUUGGAAUAGAAGGUUAAUCAAAUUAUCGCUACUGUGCAUGGUUCUCUCUUUAUUACAAUGUUUUCACUAUGUUUCAGUAGUGACACAUUUCGUAGGGGGGUGUUAAGGAAUUCAGGUAAAUAUUUUAAAUGUGCAAUACAAAGUGUGGGAGUAGGAUACACUGAGUAUACAAAACAUUAAAAACACCUGAUCUUUCCAUGACAGACUGACCAGGUGAAUCCAGGUGAAAGCUAUGAAGGGGAGGAGACAGGUUCAAGAAGGAUUUUUAAGCCUUGAGACAUGGAUUGCGUAUGUGUGCCAUUUAGAGGGUGAAUGGGCAAGACAAAAUAUUUAAGUGCCUUUGAACAGGGUACAGUGGUAGGUGCUUGGCACACCGGUUUGUGUCAAGAACUGCAACGCUGCUGGGUUUUUCACACAACAGUUUCCCGUUUACCUUGUAGAGUCCAUGCCCCGCCGAAUUGAGGCUGAAAGUUUGUGAGAAGUAGGAUACAAAUGUGCUUUUUUUUUUUUUUACCCCCGAUUUACACAGAACGACCCAUAUACUAGUGUGUCAGUUGUACUAAAAUCCUAAAGCAUAAAAGUUCAGUGUGCAUCACUAAUUACAAUGACAAUUGAACAGGUAAAGAGGUAUGCUUGGAUAACUACUGCAACUAGCCUAGUUGUUUGCUACGAACAUUGCUAUCUGACUUAACUAUUCUACCGAUAGUCCCUUCAAACAUGAUUUGUACAUUAUUAGUCAUAUAAACGAACAAACCCCAGUUAUAUAGAAAUGUUUGUAUUUCUUUUGGGAAAACGCAAACCUGUCUCCACUCACCACAGCUGUGAGUUUGCUCCGCCUACUAUGUGAGCGCGCCAGUCAAGUGCGUGGCAUUUAUGCACAGGUUUCGCAUCUCUCAUUAAUAACGAUUGGACUCUUUUUUUAAAUGUUCGUCUAAAAUGACAUAUCCAAAUCUAACUGCCUGUAGCUCAGGACCUGAAGCAAGGAUAUGCUAUCGUUUGAAAGGAAACACUUGUGAAAUUAAUGUAGGAGAAUUUAACACAUUAGAUCUGUUAAAAGAUCAUACAAACAAAAAAACAUGUGUUUUCUAUUUAUUUAUUUUUUGCAUCAGCUUUGAAUUGCAAGAAAAAGGCCAGACAGUGAUGUAGGAAUAUAGGUGUAAUUUAGAUUUCGUCCACAAGAUGGCAGCAUUGUGUGUGCAAAGUUUUAGACUGAUCCAGUGAAGGAUUACAUCACUACACAAUAUGUUGUAUCAAGUCUGCCAGGAGUUUUCCCAAAAGUUCAGAAUUACAUAACUAUAGAGAACAUACAAAAAUGCUAUGGGGGUGGAGCCAGAGACAGCAGGGGGUCAAACUGUAGGACGCAGUUCCUACAUUUUAUUUCUGGGACCCUCAGGAUGACAAAUCAGAGCAAGAUUACUGAAUGUAAGUACAUGAUUUACCUUCAGAGGUGAAUGUAUCAAACCAGUUGCCGUGACAAAAAUGUUUUGUUGUUGUGCACUAUCCUCAAACAAUAGCAUGGUAUUAUUUUGCUGUAAUAGCUACUUUAUAUUGGACACUGCAGUUAGAUUAACAAGAAUUUAAACUUUCUGCCCAUAUAAGACAUCUUAUCCUGGACAGUUGGCUGUUGUUUACAAUGCCAUUCUAGUCACAUAUCGCAUAUUGAGCAACUGUCCGGAUAUAGGGACACCAAUCCUGUAGAGGUUAAUUGGUUCCUCCUGUUUUCAUUGUGUAUCAGAAAUGUUCAUGUUUAUGCAAAUUAUGUCUUUAUACUUUUUACAUAUAUUUUUUUUUUGUAUCAAGGUACACUGUGCUCAUAGCCUAUUAUUGGAGAUGGUCACCUGGACUUUAUUGAUGGAUCAUAGGUGUAAAAUCCAUGUGAACAUCAGCCGAUAAAUCGUACAAUAGGCUAUAAGCAAUUUUACAAGGCCACGGGCCCUUUGUGUGAUCUAAAAGUGCCUACCUUGUUGAUGCACCACAGAUACCCAUUUCCAGGUCUGAGUUUAGAAUUAAAAUUAUAUAGAAACAUUUCAGAAAAUGAGACCAAAUUUGGCCUACGCUGCACGUCCUAAAAUCACGAUGAGGCGCUGUGUGAUAAUUGGUGUACUCCUCUUGGGAGGCGUCUGUUAUUGGCUGUUCUGUUGCGUUAAUGUGCUCCAGUGGAGAUCCCCAGUGCUGGUCUAUGCAGGAACAGAGGUAAAAGCAGUGGCAGGCAGCACAGAGACAACAGGUCUCGGUCUGUUCUCCUCAAGCACAACUUAGUUAUACGUCUUGUAUGGACUUACAUUAUGCAUUACAGAUGAAAGUUCUCUACAAGGAGGAUUUAAUUUGUAGUUUGCCCUGCUAACCAACAUGGAAAAUAUUACGGUAAGACUUCCUAUGCUCUAACAUUGCUGUACCGUUUUAUGUAAAAUAAUGUUUGAAUAACUGAUUACUCUGAUAUAUCUAGCCUACUAUGACAUGAAAAGGACAACUAUUGAAGUUACUAUAUAAUAUAGAUGGCGAAAGUAUUACUGAGUAAAAUUGUGCGUUCAUAACACAGCAUUCUGGAUAAUUGUAUUAAAUGACUUUACAUUAAAACAUGUCAUAUUAAAUCCCCUCUCAGCCGGACCAAUGGCAGGCGAUUGUGAACAAAAAGUUUAAUUUCCCCCCAGAGCUGAUAGCAGCCAUUAAGGAGGACAACUCAAUUCUGGUGGAAAGCCUGCUGUCCACGGGGGACGGCAUCAUCCGCCAGCUGGAUGAGUCUGAGGACCGUCUUUGGAGAGAAGCCCUGAACCUGUCCAUCCGCCUAGGCAACGAGGACACUUUCUCCGCUCUGAUGCUGGGCAUCAAGUUUGACUUCAGGCAGAUCUACGAGGCGCUGCUGGUGGCGGUGGACACCAACCAGCCCCGGGUGGUCAAGAGGCUCCUGGACCGUCUCGACCAGGAGAAGGGCAACAAGAUGGACGUGCGCUCCUUCUCCAUGGCCAUAUUUGACCACUCCAUUGAUGACUCCCAGUUUGCACCCGGCGUGACCCCGCUGACCCUGGCCGGUCAGAAGGACCUGUAUGAGAUAGUCACCAUGCUGACUAAGAAGGGCCAUGUCAUUCCUCUCCCUCACUCUAUCUCCUGUACCUGUCUGGAGUGCAGGAACGGCCGUCAGUAUGACCUGCUGAAGUUCUCUCUGUCUCGUAUCAACACCUACCGGGGCAUAGCCAGCCGGGCGUACCUCUCCAUCACCACAGAGGAUGCCAUGCUUAGUGCCUUCAGACUCAGUCGGGAGCUACGCAAGCUCUCCAAGAAAGAGGCUGAAUUUAAGGUAUGAGUUGUUUGAUGUGUAGUAGUAAACAUUUUUAUUAUAUUUUUUUAUUUAACCUUUAUUUAACCAGGUAAGCCAGUUGAGAACAAGUUCUCAUUUACAACUGUGACCUGGCCAAGAUAAAGCAAAGCAGUGCGAUUAAAAACAACAACAACACAGAGUUACACAUGGGAUAAACAAAAACGUAGUCAAUAACACAAUAGAAAAUAGAAAAUAUAUAUACAGUGUGUGCAAAUGUAGUAAAUUAUGGAGGUAAGGCAAUAAAUAGGCCAUAGUGCAAAAUAAUUACAAUUUAGUAAUAACACUGGAGUGAUAGAUGUGCAGAAGAUGAUGUGCACAUAGAGAUACUGGGGUGCAAAUGAGCAAAAUAAAUAACAAUGUAAUUAACAAUAUGGAGAUGAGGUAGUUGGGUGGGCUAAUUACAGAUGGGCUGUGUACAGGUACAGUGAUUGGUAAGCUGCUCUGACAACUGAUGCUUAAAGUUAAUGAGGGAGAUAAGUGUCUCCAGCUUCAGAGAUUUUUGUAGUUCAUUCCAGUCAUUUGCAGCAGAGAACUGGAAGGAAUGGCGGCCAAAGGAGGUGUUGGCUUUGGGGAUGACCAGUGAGAUAUACCUGCUGGAGCGCAUACUACGGGUGGGUGUUGCUAUGGUGACCAAUGAGCUAAGAUAAGGCAGGGAUUUGCCUAGAAGUGAAUGACCUGGAGCCUGUGGGUUUGGCGACGAAUAUGUAGUGAGGGCCAGCCAUCGAGAGCGUACAGGUCACAAUGGUGGGUAGUAUAUGGGGCUUUGGUGACAAAACAGAUGGCACUGUGAUAGACUACAUCCAAUUUGCUGAGUUGAGUGUUGGAAGCUAUUUUGUAAAUGACAUCGCCGAAGUCAAGGAUCGGUAGGAUAGUCAGUUUUACGAGGGCAUGUUUAGCAGCAUGAGUGAAGGAGGCUUUGUUGCGAAACAGGAAGCCAAUUCUAGAUUUAACUUUGGAUUGGAGAUGCUUAAUGUGAGUCUGGAAGGAGAGUUUACGGUCUAACCAGACACCUAGGUAUUUGUAGUUGUCCACAUAUUCUAAGUCAGACCCGCCGAGAGUAGUGAUUCUAGUCGGGUGGGCGGGUGCAAGCAGAGUUCGAUUGAAGAGCAUGCAUUUAGUUUUACUAGCGUUUAAGAGCAGUUGGAGGCCACGGAAGGAGUGUUGUAUGACAUUGAAGCUCGUUUGGAGGUUUGUUAACACAGUGUCCAAUGAAGGGCCAGAUGUAUACAAAAUGGUGUCGUCUGCGUAGAGGUGGAUCUGAGAGUCACCAGCAGCAAGAGCGACAUCAUUGAUAUACACAGAGAAUAGAGUCGGCCCGAGAAUUGAACCCUGUGGCACCCCCAGACAACAGGCCCUCCGAUUUGACACAUUAAACUCUAUCUAAAUAGUAGUUGGUGAACCAGGUGAGGCAGUCAGUUGAGAAACCAAGGCUAUUUAGUCUGCCAAUAAGAAUGCAGUGAUUGACAAAGUCAAAAGCCUUGGCCAGGUCGAUGAAGACGGCUGCACAGUACUGUCUUUUAUCAAUCGCAGUUAUUAUAUCAUUUAGGACCUUGAGCGUGGCUGAGGUGCACCCAUGACCAGCUCGGAAACCAGAAUGCAUAGCGGAGAAGGUACGGUGGGAUUCGAAGUGGUCGGUGAUCUGUUUGUUAACUUGGCUUUUAAAUACUUUCGAAAGGCAGAGUAGGAUGGAUAUAGGUCUGUAACAGUUUGGGGGCAUGGGCAAGUUGCAGCGGAGGGUGCAGAGCUGGUGGCCGGGGUAGGGGUAGCCAGGUGGAAAGCAUGGCCAGCCGUAGCAAAAUGCUUAUUGAAAUUCUCGAUUAUCGUAGAUUUAUCGGUGGUGACAGUGUUUCCUAGCCUCAGUGCAGUGGGUAGCUGGGAGGAGGUGCUUUUAUUCUCCAUGGACUUUACAGUGUCCCAAAACUUUUUGGAGUUAGUGCUACAGGAUGCAAAUUUCUGUUUGAAAAAGCUAGCCUUUGCUUUCCUAACUGAUUGUGUAUAUUGGUUCCUUACUUCCCUGAAAAGUUGCAUAUCGCGGGGGCUGUUCGAUGCUAAUGCAGUACGCCACAGGAUGUUUUUGUGCUGGUCAAGUGCAGUCAAGUCUGGGGUGAACCAGGGGCUAUAUCUGUUCUUAGUUCAGAAUUUUUAGAAUGGAGCAUGCUUGUUUAAGAUGGAGAGGAAAGCACUUUUGAAGAACAUCCAGGCAUCCUCUACUGACGGAAUGAGGUCAAUAUCCAUCGAGGAUACCCGGGCCAGGUCAAUUAGGAAGGCCUGCUCGCUGAAGUGUUUUAGGGAGUGUUUGACAGUGAUGAGGGGUGGUCGUUUGACCGCGGAUCCAUUACGGACGCAGGCAAUGAGGCAGUGAUCGCUGAGAUCCUGGUUGAAGACAGCGGAGGUGUAUUUAGAGGGUAAAUUAGUCAGGAUGAUAUCUAUGAGGGUGCCCAUGUUUACGGAAUGACAACAUAGUACUAUAUUUACAGUGCCUUCGGAAAGUAUUCAGACCCCUUGACUUUUUCCACAUUUUGUUACGUUACAGCCUUAUUCUAAAAUUGAUUAAAUAAAUAAAAAAUGCAGUAAUCGACACACAAUACUCCAUAAUGACAAAGCGAAAACAGGUUUUUAGAAUUUUUUUGCAAAUGUUAAGGACAACCAUCUCUGCAGCACUCCACCAAUCAGACGGAAGCCACUCCAGACGGAAGCCACUCCUCAGUAAAAGGCACAUGACAGCCCACUUGGAGUUUGCCAAAAAGCACCUAAAGACUCAGACCAUGAGAAAAAAUGAAGACUGAACUUUUUGGCCUGAAUUCUGGAGGAAACCUGGCACCAUCGCUACGGUGAAGCAUGGUGGUGGCAGCAUCAUGCUGUGGGGAUGUUUUUCAGAGGCAGGGACUGGGAGAUUAGUCAGGAUCGAGGCAAAGAUGAAUGGAGCAAAGUACAGAAAGAUCCUUGAUGAAAACCUGCUCCAGAGCACUCAGGAUCUCAGACUGUGGCGAAGGUUCACCUUCCAACAGGACAACGACCCUAAGCACACAGCCAAGUCAACACAGGAGUAGCUUCGGGACAAGUCUCUGAAUGUCCUUGAGUGGCCCAACCAGAGCCCGGACUUGAACCCGAUCUAACAUCUCUGGAGAGACCUGAAAAUAGCUGUGCAGCAACGCUCUCAUUCCAACCUGACAGGGCUUGAGAGCAUCUGCAGAGGAAAAUGGGAGAAACUCCCCAAAUACAGGUGUGCCAAGCUUGUAGCGUCAUACCCAAGAAGAUCAACAAAGUACUGAGUAAAGGAUCUGAAUACUUAUGUAAUGUGGUGUUUCAGUUUUUAUUUUGAAUAAAUUAGCAAAAAUGUCUAAAAAAUCCUGUUUUUGCUUUGUCAUUCUCAGGUAUUGUGUGUAGAUUGACGAGGGAAAAAAACGAUUUAAUCAAUUUUAGAAUUGGGCUGUAACCUAACAAAAUGUGGAAAAAGUCAAGGGGUCUGAAUACUUUCCGAAGGCACUGUAUUUGCUGUUUUGUACACUUAUUUUACCAGGUAAGUUGACUGAGAACACAUUCUCAUUUACAGCAACGAACUGGGGAAUAGUUACAGGGGAGAGAAGAGGGGAUGAAUGAGCCAAUUGGAUGGUCACUUUUUUAACAUCAAAGUAAGGUAAAUAAAAGUAGAAUGUUAGCUCACAUGAAGUCAAGAAUAGGAAGAGCAAAGGCUCACAUAUCUGAAGGUCUGCUGAUGUAUCUAGUUGUUUCAGUCUCUGCUCCUCUCUGGCUGCCUUCCUCAGCCCGAGUACCUGAGCCUGGAAGAGCUGUGUCAGGAGUUCGCAGUGGAGAUGCUGGCCAUGUGUCGCAACCAGAGUGAGGUCACAACGAUCCUGAACAACUGUGAUGACGAUGAUGAAGAUGAGCUGGAUGAGCAGACCUUCGAGGAGGGUAUUCCAACCCUGUCACGCUUACGCCUUGCAGUCAAUUACAAUCAGAAACUGGUAAAAGUCUGCCUUACCUACCCCAUGCCAACUUUAUUAUGCUCAAAAUAAAUUGUCUUCAAACUAAUAAAAAACGAAACGUUUACAACAUCUGUUAUUUUCUUCCAGUUUGUGAGUCAUCCCAUCUGCCAGCAAGUGCUGUCGUCCAUUUGGUGUGGAAACAUCCCAGGGUGGAGGGGCAGCAAGACGGUCUGGAAACUCACGGUGUCUCUUGGGAUCUUCUUCACUAUGCCUUUCCUCUGUAUGAUCUACUGGGUCGCUCCCAAGUCCAAGGUGAGCUAAAAGUAGGUGCUGGAUUCAAUCUAUAUCGCAGAAGUAUCGCGGAAGAUCCGAGUUUAUAGCUCAAUUUAAAUUUAAAGGCAAUGUUCCCGUGUUCGCGGAGACUGCAUUCACGGUAAACGAUGCAUGUGUCGGCUCAAUCGGAAAUUGCCUUUACAUUUUAACGUGAAUCUUCCGCGAUACUUCCCGCGAUAUGGAUUGAAUCCAGCCCUAGGUGAAAAUACAUUGCCUGACUGUUGCUUUUCAGAUGUGUUGUAAGGAUUGUGUUUCUAUUUCAGAUUGGAAAGACUUUGAAGAUACCUGUGAUCAAAUUCCUGCUGCACUCUGCCUCCUACCUGUGGUUCAUCAUCGCCCUUCUAGCUGAGUCUAUUUUCAUGGAGCUGUACCGCGAUGAGUUUGCAUCCCGGCAGCAAAACAUCCUCUACAACUCCCUCCAUAUGAUCUGGGUGGUCGGUAGGUCUAUGUUAUGUUGUAAUUGUUUACUAUCAAUGUAUCAAUCUCUCAUACCCCAAACUCUACACUGAGUAUACAAAACAUUAAGAAAACCUGCUCUUUCCAUGACACAGACUGACCAGGUGAAUCCAGGUGAAAGCUAUGAUCCCUAAUUUAUGUCACUCAAUAUUAGGAAGGUGUUUCGUAAUGUUUGGUAUGCUCUGUGUAUAUAGCGUGUUAGCGAUGAAAGUUUAACCCUAAAUGCUUUUGGCAUAAUAUGAAAAUAUGGGAAUUACCUGAUCCUGCCCCUCUAGGUUUCUUCUGGAGUGAGUGUAAGAAUGUGUGGGCGGAGGGUCUGAGGGGUUACAUGGUAGACUGGUCCAACAUCCUGGACAUUGUAGCGCUCAGCAUGUACCUGGCCUCCUUUGCUCUGAGAGUCUUCAUCAUGGCAACUGCUCACAAUGUUUGCCAGGACAAAAACUUAGUUGAGAAGUGUGCCUACUUCACCCAAACAGGUGAGCUGUACCUACCAACAGUAAAUUAUUUGGGCAUAUUUUAAUUCCGGGUCAUACAACUCAAUAUCCCGUUACUGUAUAUGAUCAUGUAAAGUACAGUAUUGGGUCUAAUCUUAGUGGUCUUUAAGAAUCUUCAUGUAUGGCUAUUUCCUGGGUCAUUGCAGUGCGGGAUGAAUGGUGGCAGGAGGACCCUCAGCUGAUCUCAGAGAUUCUGUUUGCUGUCACCAGCAUGUUCAGCUUCACCCGGCUGGCAUACAUCCUGCCUGCCCAUGAGUCUCUGGGGACUCUGCAGAUCUCCAUUGGGAUAAUGAUCGAUGACAUGAUGAGGUAAGACAAUGCUCAAGUCAGGACACUUUGUGAGAUGUAUUUAGAAAUGAUACUCCAUAAAGUAGUGCGCAAAUAUAAAAAAUUAACAUAUCCUAUUAUUCAAAUAACUACAACACAAAUACAACACAUCUUCCCUCUUAUCCCUUAGGUUCAUGUUUAUCUUGAUGAUCAUUGGAACAGCUUUUCUCUGUGGACUGAAUAAUAUCUACGUGCCCUAUGCAACUUCCCCACAUCUUGGACGGUAUGAAAGUUCUAACUUUUCCAAAAUGUUCCGAACCUACAGAGCUCUAUGAAUUCAUUCAUAUUGCACUUUUCCUUUGGUUUCAGCUUCAAUGAAACCUUCAACUUUCUCUUCUGGACCAUGUUUGGUGUGUCUAAUCAAGGCUAUACGGACAUGCCAGAUUUUGUUCUGGCUCAGUUUGUGGGCAGGGUUCUGUAUGGGGUCUUCACGCUCGUCAUAGUCAUUAUCCUGCUCAAUAUGCUCAUCGCCAUGAUCACUAAUUCAUUCCAGAAGAUAGAGGUAUAAAAUAAUAAUCUGGUAUCACAAAUCAAUACGUCAAACAUGUAAACAUGUGCAUGAUACAUGUAAGGGAAACUUUUUUUUGUUUGUUUUUACAUCUGUUUUAACAAUGUCCUCUUUGACUGCCAUCCUUUUGGUCCCUGUCAGGAUGAUGCUGAUGUUGAAUGGAAGUUUGCUCGUUCAAAGCUCUACUUGAGUUACUUCAGAGAGGGCUCCACUAUACCGGUACCCUUCAACCUCAUCCCCUCUCCAAAGGCCUUGUUCUACUUACUGAGGUAGGCUAGGCCACUGACUGCAACACCGGUCUCUGUAACAAGCUUUAUUCAGUGGAAAUGGUCAUUAAACCAUUCGUCAAGUGUUUGUUUUUCUUUGUCAUAGGGGCUUUUGCUGUUGUUGCAACCAAAAUAAAACUCCAGACUAUCCUCCUAUUGCCUCUGUGGUGGGUUAUAUCAUUUAUUUUACCAACAUUACUACACAGAAGCAUAAUCUCUCCAGACUCAUACGUUUCUUCCUUUACCCUUCCAGUCCAACAGUACAAUGAACGACAGUGGAGAGGCAGGGAAGGACCGAGUGUCAUUUCGCCUGCAGGUGGUCAAGGCGCUGGUACAGCGCUACAUAGAAGCAGCCCGCAGGGAGUUUGGAGAGGCUACACGCAAAGGUAGCGGUACUAAAUGUGCCCACAGUAAGGCAUGCGUUAGCCCUAUACAAGUACCUUGACUAAAGUCGACAAAUGUGACUGCUACAAAUCGUCCUUUGUGUUUCUAUCUCUCAUGGGUGUUUUUUUUUUUUUUAAACAGAUGUGGGGAACAGGAUCACAGAGCUGAACAAGGUGGUGGGGAGACUUCACUCUGAUAUAAAGCAGUUCCAUCAGAACCUGCAGAACAGCAAGUCCUUCGGUUCGAACAGCAAUGGAGGCAACUUCCUGGGCAAGUACAUCAAAGGAGCAAAGAACAACUUUAAGAACUUUGAUAAAAACGAGGCAAUGGGGAAUAGUCCAGACCCGUUACGAGUCGCUGUGCACCUCAUGGGGAAGGUUGAGGGGGGGGAGAAAGAGGUGUUUACAGAGAAAAAUGCCCAUACAAACAACAGUGGGAGCUCCCCAGACAUCAGCCCUGAGUCCAAUAGUGGGCAGGAGUUCCUGGAGAGAGAAACAGAGAGUACCUGCACACAGGGAACAGUGGAGAAAAACACUGACACCAUGUAGUGAUGUAAUCCCUGCUAUGUAGGCUUCUGUAAAUAUUCAAAACAGCUGUGCUUGCUUAUUAUGUAAGUUGCCUACCAUUGUGUAAGAAACCUACCACAUCUUAUUAUGUAAGAAACCUACCACUCCUGGGAUAACUUUACAUACUUUUUUGUCUGAUUAUGCGUGUCAUAAAAAUGUAGAAAUUAGCAAAAGCAUGUUUAUGAGUAGAAAAAGUAAUCAAAUAAUUGCAUGGAUAACCUGAUCAUCAGUAUCAUUUAGUAUUUACAUUUACUGUACCUUAACAUCUCUAUAUAGAGAACUCUGGUAUGAAAAAAAAAUGGUAACACUUUAUUUGACACCCAGUGUAAUAACCAGUUAUGACACGGUCAUAGCCAUGUCAUAACAGCUGACAUAUAACUUGUAAUAACCUGUCAUAAUAUGGUCAUAACACUGUCAUUACCCAUAUAUUUACACCUGUUGUGAUAUAUAUUGCAUUAUUUUAUGGCUGGUUACGACACAUACAGUGUCAAAACCCACAUUUAUUCAAAGUUUGCUUUCGUUUGAAAUCCUUUGUUGUUGUAAUGAAUUCUUUACAGUCAUGUUUUUUCCCAUUUUUUUAAAAUAACUUGUGGAAAAUACACUUUAUGACACUGUCAAUAAGCAUUAUGACCAUCAUGAUCAUAUAAGCCAGAUAGGCCUAUCAGGUACAUGCCCUUAUGUCAGUCAUCAGUCUAACAGAGGGUGUCUUGUCCUGCUCCUGAAAUCUGCUCCUGCAUUCAUCCCAGUCAUCAGAAAUGUGUUAUGACACUGGGUGUCAAGUAAAGUAUAACCGAAAACCUGUGGUACAUAGACAGAAUAAUGUAGACAGAGUAAUGUAGACAGAGUAAUGUACUGCCUGCUUAUGAGUGUAUGGGGAGAUCUGACUGUGACGUUACCACACCGUAAAACAGACUAAACUGUUACACUCCAGCUCAUGACUCAGUCAUUUCAUGUUGUUUCACUUAGAAGGGUAACUGUGUGCUUUCCAGGCUCCAGUGUGUCUGUGUACAGGUGGCAGCUUGCUGUUCACCUGCUGUUUGUGCCAGGCCUGGUGAACCCCUGGGGCGUCCCCAGCCAUUCAUUACCAGGAGCCCAGAGGCCCAGAGGCCCAGAGCACGGUCCUCUAUGGGCCUGGGAAAGGACACCACGGUGUUAGUCACUCCCCACCCCCUGGAUGAUCUGUUCUACACUGGAGCCCCAGUCAAUAAAAAACAAUGA